AUGUCCGAAGGCGAAGGUAUAUUUUUAGAAAAGACAAACUCCGACCUGGGAACAGAUCAAGAAGAAGUACCGCCACUUACACAACCAAACACAAAGCGCACGGAAACUACCGAUUCAUUCACUAACAUAGACGACUUUUUCUCUCUUGAUAUGGUAAGCGACGACAUGGAUUUCGAACAAGCUUACUCUGCAUAUUCUUUACUUCAAAGAAAGAACGCUCUCAAUGCCGUCGAGCACUUGAAGAAGGUUCAGAUUCUCAACCAGCAAUUUGACUCGACUUUCGCUGGUGGCUACAACGACAACUUUAGCUUCGAUGUGCCACAGCACACGGUGGGGGUUCCACAGUCACAACAACAACAACAACAACAACAGCAGCAGCAACAGUACCUCCUUCAACAGCAACAACAACAACAACUAGCCCUCCAGCAGGAACAACAACAGCAAUUCCUCCAGCAACAAGGAAACGUCCAAGCUUCAUCACUGAACGACUACAGUUUCCACCGCUCUCAGAUCAUGUCGAAGCCGGAAAGUACUGUUGAUGACUUUGACCACUUCUUCUCCAACACGGAGUCAAAUGCCUUGGAGCAGUUCUUGGAUAAGCUUGCCAACCCUACGUCAUCCGAUACCCCACAAUCGCAAGCCGAAUUCUACACUCACCAGCCUCCAAUGAACCAAUUGCACCAAGCUUCCUUACUGGAACAAUCUCCAGUUCAUAACCAUUUGGUGGAGACUGAGCGCCAACAGCAGCCACAACAUCAGGACCAAUUCCUUCUUCAAUCAUUCAACACCAACAAUUCUGCAUACGAUCUUCACACUAUGAUGCCAUUGAUAACUCCACCUCCUCAGAAGCAUGCUUCUUCCUCAUCCUCGCAAUCUAAUUAUAUCAAGCACGAGCUUACGGAAGCAUUCAGCCACCCACCAUCAGUCUCUAGACUUUCCAAACCAUUAUCUCCUUCAAGUCACGAGCAAUUGCCAACUCCUGUUACUAGCAGUAAGCAAUCGCCUCCUUCAUCUUUGAACAAGAGAGCAUACACUGACGAACUGGAUUCAUCGGACUCUUCCAUAAUCGAUGACAAUUCCCAAACUAAGAAGAGAAAGAGAUCUUCCAUGAAACAAUUGCUUACUCUUGAACAGAAGAGAUUAAACCACUCUUAUUCGGAACAAAAGAGAAGACAAUUGUGUAAGGUUGCUUACGAAAGAUGUUUGAGGUUGAUCAUUAAUUUGGAUGAGUAUAUAAAUUUGCAUAAGGAUGGAAAGAAAACGAUUAAAAGAAAGCAAAAAUUGAAGGAUGGUUUACCAAACAUUUCCAAGCACACGGCGUUGGUCAAGAUUAGCAACGAGAUCAUAACGAUUCAAGAAAAAAAUAACGAGCUUCAAAGGUUGUUAAUGGCAUAA